AUGGAGCUCCUUCCAUCCUUUAAAAGUCCUAGUGCUGACCAGAGCACACCCAAAAGCAGCUCCGCCUGGGACUACACCACUCCUUUAUCUGUGAACUCCAUCUGGACCGUUUGGAUGAACAUGAAUCCCAUCAGGCGUAAACAGUCGGUUUGCAGAAAUCUGUUCGGCCCCGUGGACCACGAGCAGCUGCGCCGGGACCUGAGGCAGAAGAUGAAGGAGAUGACGGAGCGGGACAGUCGGCGGUGGAACUUUAACUUCCACAGUGACACACCGCUCCCCGGCAGCUUUGAGUGGGAACAGAUACCGGCGGACGGUGGGUUUGCUUUGUACCGGGAGUCCACGCAGAUGAAGGAGGAGGAGGAGGAGGACAGGCUGCAAGACUGUGAGGAGGAGAACCAAGGAGGCAACCAGGAGAACUGCUCCAGCAUCUCCAACACUCCAAAGGGUCCCGCAGAAGCCACGCCGGUCCGGAGGAAGAGGGUGCACAUAAAGUGUGCCAGAAGGUCCAGAGACCAGGACGCACGGAUCCCAGACUUCUUUGUGAAGAGGAGGAGGACUUCAGAAACUAAGAGCAUCCUGAGUCCUUUUGUGCAGACCUCCAUGGAAGCAGCUCUGCGCAAAACAAUACGAUGAAAACCGAAUGAAAACAGACAAGUUCUGUUUUUGUUUGUGCACAAACACAAAGACUGAUUCAAGUUCUAG